AUGAACGACGAAGAGCAGAUGCAGGCGAAUGGCUCUAUUUAUUUGCCUUCGGGUCGAUCUAUCAGUCCACAGAUACUCAAGAGCGACAUCGACAGCGGCGCUGACAGAAGGCAAGAAUAUGGUAACAGAGCUAUUGUGUUAUAUUUGUUAGAAAACAGUGUAGAGUUCCGAGAACUUAGUGAUCUGCGAAAGAAAGGAUGGGAAAAUCCUGCAGGCGAUAAAUUUUUUAAAAAUCAGCGCCGGAAUGCAGACAAUGCCACUCAAAGAACGGCUAUAUAUUUUCAUAGAUUGAUGAAGAAGAUCGGAGAGGAGCUUCACCAGUCCACUGAUGUCUUUGCAAUCCAAAGGCUAAACCCUGAGCCACCUGCCAUCCUUGACAUGUGCAUGGCCCCGGGUGGCUUUCUAGAAACGGCAUUGAGAAAGAACCCAGGAUCACAUGCAUUGGCGUUUAGCCUGCCUGUCGUAAAUGGCGGGCACAAGAGCCUUUUACCGAGGGAAUUGGACGUCGACCAAAGAUUUUUAGAUGUGACCAUGCUCGCAGCAGAUAUGGGUGUGAAUGAAAUUGAUAAUAAUCAUCCCGAUGCCGAACAUUUCUUACCGCGACAGUUUACCUCAUACCAGCAUUUUGACCUGGUCAUAUGCGAUGGUCAAGUUCUGAGAACUCAUGACCGCGCCGCCUAUCGAGAGCGACGGGAAGCGAAAAGAUUGAUAGUGACGCAGCUAGCCCUCGGCCUCCAGCAACUAAGGCCUGGUGGAACUAUGGUCAUUCUUCUUCAUAAAUUCGAGGCGUGGGAUACAGUGAAUCUCAUCUGGACUUUCUGGAAGUUCUCUUCUGUGCGCCUGUUGAAACCAAAGGCGGGCCACACCAAACGAUCUUCUUUCUAUAUGGUUGCUAAAGAUAUCCAGAGUCGGUGCCUGGAGGCCAUUCAGGCAAUCUCGAGGUGGAAAGAAAUUUGGCGGGUGUCAACAUUCAGCUCGGAUAAAGAGUUCCAAGAGAUGCUUUGGAACGGGGAGCCACAGGCGGAAGACAUCCUCAACAAUUUUGGACGAGAGCUUGUGACGCUGGGCGGAAAGAUCUGGAAGGUCCAGGCAGAGGCGCUUGCCAAAGCUCCUUUCAUGAAGUAG